CCUACUUUCCUCCCAAGAGCCGCCUGUAGCCUGCCCCGCCCCACGCCCGGACGCAGCAGUCGGGGGUAGUCGGAAAGUCGGCAGAACUGCUUAGCCUCUCGGUGGGAUUGGUAGUGUCCGCUGUGCUCCUCUCAAGUGUUUCUGAAGUUCCUAAGUCAACAUGAUGACUGUCACGUGUACUCGUCUGCUCCUGGUGGCUCUCACCCUCCUGGCCGUCUUCCAAGCAGCCGCCUCGUUCAUGUGCUACACCAAGACCAUGGGUGAAGAUGACACCUCCGUCACCUUCUGCUCCUCCGGCACCUGUUACUCCGUGGGUGGCAGCGUCGGGGAGAGCAAGGACAGCAAGAAGGGCUGUGCUGAGGAGAGCCACGAAGACGGUUGCAUCUCUGGUGGCAUCCCGGGCAUCAUAUCUGGCCACACCUGUUAUUGCAGCUCACCACUCUGCAACUCUGCCUACUCCCCCUCUAUCGCCCUGCCCAUGCUUGUGUUGCCCGCCCUUCUGCAGCGCCUCCUCUCAUAAAUAAGACACACCAUGGUGGUGAAACAAGGUGCUGUAGGGAUGAAAAGUCUCUGAAAAAUACAUUAUAUUGGGGGGAUCUUCAAAAGAUAUCAAUCCUAUAAAAGGAAUUUGGUAAUUGUUUCAUAUUUGAAAAUUCAAACUAUUUUCAAUAGUGUCAAUCUUAUUAAGGGUUGUUUAAAACUUUCAAUCCUAAAAUGGUAUUGAUUGAAGCCUAACACUUGAAAUGGUUUUUGGUUUCAAUUUUAUGGCUAGUUUCUAAUAAAAGUUUACUCUCAACAAAGGAUGGGGUCAUAGUUUUGCUCUUAAAACAUUAUUUGGAGAAAAUUUUGAUCGUGAGAAAACAAAGGCAUCGGUUAAAAGUUUAGCUUAUGAAAGCUGAAUAUGAUACAGACUUAAUGAUUCUCUAAGGUGACCAGACUGCUAAAUUCAAUAUCAUUGGCUAUUUUUCUCAAACUUUUUAUACAGCGCACCAAGAUAUGCUUCCUCACGCAGUAGCAACUAAUCACCAUAUUUUUUUUAUGAGUAUUCAAUCACUGGUGGGUAGGAAGGGAUAUUUAAUGGUCCUCAGUGUUCAUAAAAUUUAUAAAGAGUUUGUAAUUGCUUCUACUUAAUUUUCUUUUUCUUCCUUUCUCGAGUCUCAACCACUUUGUUCAGGUCACCACUUGAGGCAACAACACAAGGAGUAGUUUAAAGAUUAUUGUCAGUAAUUGCAUCUUCUUUUGACUGUUUUUUAUUUUACCUUUCUCAAGUCUGUGCUAAGCAGUAGAGUCCAGACAAGUAGACAAUAACUCACUUGCAGUAGUAGUUUUGUCCAAUAGUAUUGAACUCUGCAAACUCAGCCUUUUUUUUUUUUUUUUUUUUUUUUUUUUUUUUUACUAUCGUGCCCUAUUUUCAACAGAGGCCUUGAAAAACUUCUCAGAAAUUCUUAUUAGAAAAUCAACUGAUGGUGCUGGUAAAACUUAACAUUUGUAUUGGUGUUCAGUAACCUUAUCUAAGUAUCUUUAGUGUAUAUUAGUGAUCCCACAGCUUUCCCUGUUGAGUGAGAGAAGGUAUAUUGAGUAAUAUUUCAUGUUGGUAUGAGUGAUAAAGUUAACUGUGCUUCAGGGAAGGAAGAAUUGAUGACCUAAAAAAUUAGGUAAUAUAUCUGUGUGUGUGUGAUGCAUAAUUUAACAGUUUGUCAUAUAUACACUUAACUUGUUUACAGGUUUAUUUGUGUGUGUGUGUGUGUGUGUGAAAUGAAAUAACUAAAAAAUAAAGCGGGUGAGUCUUUAAACAAAGAUUUUGAUGUCACAAGUAUUCACUUAGUGUUGAAUUUUAGUUAUGGACCCCCCAAAACGUCACUUGAAAACUCGGCUGUGCAAGUUGUGAAGUUUUCCUGAUUUGCAUCCUAAAAAAGGAUUAUAUGUUAUUUGAAUCCAGAAUUAGAGAAGAAUGUGAAAUUCAUCUACUUAUGAAUUUGUUUAUUUAAUUUAUUUUUAUAUUUUAUAUAUAUAUAUUUUCACUGACCAUAGUGCCAGUAGGUCUUCAUGAUUGGUCCUUGUGGUUGGCCCCAGCCCUAUAGUGUCUCAGGCAAGUAUUUCAUAGUGUGCCAUUCUUCUUUGGUUCAUGCUGCUACCCUGAGUUCCACUUGAAUCUCUUGAGAGAGUUUUAUACUAGCCUGAAUUGAUAGGUGGUCAUCAAGACAGCACAAAGGUUGUCUUGGGCCACUCAGCGAUGACUGAAAAUGUUCAGCUCAUAGUUGCAGGCGGGACCUAAACACAGAUCUGGAUCACUAUACCCAUAUGCUGUCCACUGAGACACACCCUCCCCACAAAUGUUCAAUGCAUCCACAUAUAAGGUGAAUGUUAGGAAUCGUUUGCCAGACUGUACUACACCAUUCCAAUAAGUACUAAUGACCAGAAAUUACAUUCCUGGAAACUGAGGCCUAUUCCUUGCAGUGGCCACUGCAGAAGUCUCUAUUUGCUGCUGUCAAAUGACUCCACCCUUGCAUACUCAAACUCUCUCAUUGUACUGUCCCCUCUUUCGAAUUAAGGUGAGGCAUAGGCUUCAGUUAUUCCAUUUUCUUACCAUUACUACAUUACUUAGCAUCAUUCUGAACAUAGUUUAUGCAAAGCAGUUAUUUUCUUUCCUAAUAUGUGUAAUGUUUGAAGUGUGUACAAGCUGGCAAACAUUUCCUUUAUGAAUGAAUGCAAUUUACUUCAGGCAGUGGUCGGCAAUCUGCGGCUCCCAAGUUGCGUGAGGCACUUUCAGGACACUUGCGUGACUCCCAAAUCUUCAUAAAUUAUCGUUUACUUCUUAACGAGGACAUCAUCAUUCACCGUGACACUAUUCAACACAACAUUAGAUUGCUGUACAUAACUUUGGAAAGGUCAAGAUCUUAGGGAUCAAAGCACCAAAGGGAUAAAUUCAAGUAUAGUGUUUUGAUGUUUUAAAUUACUAUCCUCGUAUUGCUGAGGUAAAUGUCUGUCUUUGAGUGACAGAUUUUUUCAUUGUGGCUCGGUGAGAAUUAUUAUUUGUUCAACGAAACCAAAAGUGGCUCCUAGCAUCUUGGGCUGCCGACCCCUGGCUUGUGUGAUCCGCCUCCCAGUUGCUUUGAUUUUUGUAUCUUUUGAAUGUUACCCAUUUUGUGCUCCGACCGUGAUAACUGUAGUCUUGUCAACGAUGUGAAAGAUGUUCGAUGGUAGAAAGAUAAAUUCACCUUGCAUCUUAUUUUAUAUGUUUAUAACAGUUCUGUAAUGCGUAGUGGCAUAUGAAUAAAUGUACAAAAGAUA